UUAGCUUCUGGUCCUGCUGCAGAUCUGUUCUACUCUGUAGAGACGGUAAUGUAGCCCGGUUCCCUCAUGGGUCUUUGCGCCACACUGUUUGGUCAUACUCUACAAGUAGAAUUCAUGGUCAUUUGGGACAGAAUAAAUGGAUGGACAGGAAGGUUAAGGAACAGAAGCGACAUCAGCAGAAACACAGUGGGCCCAAAGCAGAGAAGAAGAAGCUCAAGAAACAGGGAGGCUCAACAGAAGAGGAUGAGCGGAAACGCAACCCAAAAGCCUUCGCAGUUCAGUCUGCUGUCCGCAUGGCCAGGACCUUCCACAGGGCCCAGGACAUAAAGACCAAAAAACAUCACAUCCCUCUUGUAGACCGGUCUCCCCUGGAACCCCCUCCAGUUGUGGUGGUUGUUGUUGGGCCCCCCAAGGUGGGAAAAAGCACCCUGAUUCGCUGCUUAAUCAAAAACUUCACCCGCCAGAAGCUGGGUGACAUAUGUGGCCCUGUGACCAUUGUCUCUGGAAAGAAGCGUCGCCUCACUUUCAUGGAAUGUAACAAUGACAUAAACACAAUGAUUGACCUUGCAAAAGUAGCUGACCUGGUUUUGAUGUUGAUCGAUGCCAGUUUUGGCUUUGAGAUGGAGACCUUUGAGUUUCUCAACAUCUGUCAGGUACAUGGCUUUCCUCGUAUCAUGGGUGUUCUGACUCACCUGGAUUCAUUUAAGAACAACAAGGCACUGAGGAAGACAAAGAAAAACCUCAAACAUCGCUUCUGGACAGAGGUCUACCAGGGGGCCAAAUUGUUCUAUUUGUCUGGUAUGGUCCACGGUGAAUAUCAGAAUCAGGAAGUGAAGAACCUGGGCCGCUUCAUCUCUGUUAUGAAGUUUCGUCCUCUGGUGUGGCAGACCUCCCAUCCUUAUGUGUUGGUUGACCGUAUGGAGGACUUGACUGACCCAGAGAGGGUGAGGACAGACCCCAAGUGUGACCGAACUGUGUCACUCUACGGGUACCUGAGAGGAACAUAUUUGAAAAGCAAAGGCCAUGUCCAUAUCCCAGGUGUAGGAGACUUUCAGGUGGAAAGUGUGAACUUCCUGCCUGACCCAUGUCCUCUGCCAGACGCUCAGAAAAAGAGGGCGCUGAAUGAGAAAGAGCGUCUGCUUUAUGCACCCAUGGCCGGGGUUGGCGGGGUUGUGUACGACAAAGAUGCUGUGUAUAUUGACCUUCCUGCCAACCACGUCAAUCAGCCGCAGGAGGAGGUACGGCCCACCACAGAGCUGGUCCAGUCUCUCAUCGACACACAUGCCACACUGGAUGCAAAGAUGGCUGCCAGUAAGGUAUCUCUGUUCAGCGGCUCUGCCACCCUGGACCCCACAGACAUUGAGCAGCAGAGUGGAGAGGAGGAGGGCCCUCACGAGAAGCUAGUAUGGGAUCCCACCACCCAGAGAGAGAGGAGGAUGGUGGUCUUCACUGAGGAGGAGGAAGACGGUGAUGUCAGUAGUUCCAGUGACAGUGAGGAUAGUGACCAGGAAGAGCAGGAACAAGAAGAAGACAGUGAUGAGGAUAACUUUGCCACAUUUUUCAAAGAGGCAAGAGCCAAAUCUGAAAAAACAGAAGAGAAUUUAACAUCCAGUGCUCCACCAGUAAAGAAACAGAAACUUGAGAUUAGGAAAGGAGAGAAGGAAACUGUUGGAGAAGUGCUGGUGUUUGCUGACAGUGAAGAUGACUUGGAGAUGAGUGAGGAAGAGACUGAAGAAGAAGGGGAGGCUGGGAGAGCGGGAGAUUCUGGACACUGUUCUGAAGAGGAGGUGGCAGAGAAUGAUGAUGAGCAGUUUGAAGAUGAAUCAGUGGGAGAGGAGUAUGGUGCAGCUGAAACUGUAGUGAAGUGUGAGGAGGGGGAACAAGGGGCUCUGAGGUGGAAGGAGGGUCUCAAACAAAAAGCAUCAGAAGCAUUUCUACGGCAACAAGAAGCUGCCCCCAAUCUGAGAAAACUGGUUUACAGUUCAGUUGUAGAGGUAGGUGAUUCUGAUGGAGAGGAAGAAGAGCUGGGAGGACUGUUUCGAGUCAUUCGCCCUCAGAAGAGCAAAAGGUUCCAGGCAGAUGCUCUGGACUGCUCUCGUUUCAAUCCUGACCCCUGCCACAACUGGGAUGAGGAGGAGGUGUUAAACUCCAUCAGGGACUGUUUUGUAACAGGAAAAUGGGAUAAAAGCCAAGAUGCUGCCACACUACUGAAGGAGGACGAGGAGCUGUAUGGUGACUUUGAGGAUUUGGAAACGGGAGAAAUCUACAAGGCCCAAAGAGGGCAGCAGGAUCAAGCUGAGAGCAGUGAGCAUAGUGAAGAUGAUGAUGAGCAUGAAGCUGAGGAGAGUCUGAUGAAGCAGGAUGAGGAAGAGGUUCAGAAAAAUAAGCGUCUGGAGAAGAAACGCAGACUUAAGGAGCGAUUUGAUGCAGAAUAUGACGACGGAGAUGCUACUUACUUCGAUGACCUGAAGGAGGAGAUGCAGAAGCAGGCUCAGCUGAACAGGGCAGAGUUUGAGGAUGUGGACGAUGAGACCAGAGUGCAGUAUGAAGGCUUCCGGCCAGGAAUGUAUGUCAGAUUAGAAAUCUUCUCUCUACCCUGUGAGUUUGUUACCAACUUUGAUCCCCAUUACCCCAUCAUCCUCGGAAGUCUGGGCUCCAGUGAAGGCAACCUGGGAUACCUGCAGAUGCGACUGAAGAAACACCGCUGGUAUGAGCGCAUCCUGAAGACACGGGAUCCUCUCAUCCUGUCAUUAGGCUGGAGGCGCUUCCAGACCAUCCCCCUUUACCACAUCGAGGAUCACAACGGACGCCACCGUCUGCUCAAAUACACGCCACAGCACAUGUACUGUGGAGCCUCCAUCUGGGGUCCCAUCACACCACAGGGCACUGGCUUCCUAGCUGUAGCAGGAACUAAAGCUAAUUUCCGUAUUGCAGCCACAGGAGUGAUCUUGGAUCUGGAUAAAUCAGUGACUGUAGUGAAGAAGCUCAAACUCAUUGGGUAUCCCUACAAGAUCUUCAAGAACACAUGCUUCAUUAAGGGCAUGUUCAAUACAGUGCUGGAGGUAGCUAAAUUUGAAGGUGCUUCAGUACGAACAGUGUCUGGAAUCAGAGGUCAGAUCAAGAAGGCCCUGGCCACGCCGCCGGGAGCUUACAGAGCUACAUUUGAGGACCGCCUGCUCAUGAGCGACAUUGUGUUCUUGCGCUCCUGGUUUCCGGUAUCUGUUCCUCAGCUCUACAACCCCGUCACUUCUCUGCUGCUGCCUGUCGGGCAAAAGGACAGCUGGGCAGGCAUGAGGACUCUAGGGCAGCUCAAACAUGAUCUGGGCAUCCGCAACAAACCCAACACUGACUCUCUGUAUAAGUCGGUGGUCAGAGCCCAGAGGCGUUUCAACCCCCUCCACAUCCCCAAGGAUCUCCAGAAGGCCCUGCCCUUUAAGAGCAAACCCAAACAGCAGCAACCCAAAGGAAAGGUUUCCAGAGAUCUGCAGCGUCCCAGCGUGAUCCGUGAACCCCAUGAGAGGAAGGUGGCAGCCUUGCUCCAUGCUCUGGGCAUGGUUCACAACCACAAGAGGAAGGCAGCCCACCUGGUGCAGCAUGCCAAACACAAGGAGUUCCUGCAGCAGAAGGAGAAACAGGAGGAGGCUAAGUUGAAGAGACAGAAGGAGGCACGUAAAAAACUGUAUCGCAUCAUGGGCCAGAGGGACCAGAAGAAGCAUAGGUCCAGUCUGAAGGGGGCUCCACAGGACGAUUAAUAUGUUUCUGUACAAAUCCAGCAUAUCUUUGUAGACUGAGCGAGAUGCUCAGUCUGCUCUUUGAACUGUUAGCAUGUAUUUAAUGACUCUGGCAGGUGCAUUUUUAUUGCAUUUUCUUGAUUUAUUGAAACAAAAAUCAGCUGUAAAGAAAACUGCCUCUGACUUUUGGAACUUAACUUUAGAGAUAAUCACAGGUUUCACCCUUUUUUAAAAUAAAGUUUUUUCUAAUUUGCCCUUCAGGAUCACAAUGUUUC